CGCUUUAAUAUUGCUUCCAUUAUUCCGGUGUUUUCCAUUAUCGGAGUCGGCGUUGAGUUGUCGGAUCGGAAGAGCACGUCUGAAGCGUGUCCGCCUUUCGCACCUCCUUAGGCACUCCAAUGGCCGCCAAUCCUGAUCCCACUGGGCCAAAACCUUCUGCCUCGUCAUCACGUUCUGGGGGACAUUCACCGUCGAGUCCACCAAGCCACGCACACACACAGCGCAAGCCGGCAGCGUCUGCAAGUAUACUCAACGCCGGGAUGGGGGCUUCCAAUGGACUGAAGGUACUCAGCUCAGGCUGGCAGGUCUGGGGUAAUAAUCCCUCUGGAGUGCGCAACGUCUCGACGUCGUCGUCGGGCAGUGCACACGACCCAUCUACGUCUCAGACGGAUUCUUACCGUUCUAGCCUUGGAGAUGCAUGGGGCUCGAGGUCUACCAGUGGAACGUGGGACGAAGUAGUCGAGAACUCACAGAAAGAGGGAACUCUGACAGACUAUUCCGCUUACUACAGUGGUCCUUCCGCGCCUGUCGAUUAUCAGUAUUCAUACGAUGCCUAUCGCCCAACGUCCGAAACCUUGUACGCGCCAUCUCCUGCCCUCACUGCCGCGCCAACAGCUCCCAACGUGUAUCCUGGUCUUACGCCCCAGUCCCUCCAUCCCCAUGCUGUGCCCGACAUUCACAACCACCAAUCGGGAAUUUUCUACGACUAUGCCGCUUCCCCUCGACCCAUGGGCUCUCAAUAUUACUACCCAACACAGCCCAUGGUCUACCAUGCUCCUCCCACGCAUUCGCCGCUGCUCGACAAGAAGCGUGAUAUCCAAGUGAGAUAUAGUUUGUUGCUGCUACGUAAUUCUUGGUCGGUUCUGCUCACCUCUCCCCCCAACAGUACACCCCACAACAGCUCGCUCCGCAUGGUCUAAUGUACGCCAAUGUACGCUCGACGCCCUCGCCGCAUCCCCAAGCGUAUCACACACCUGGGGAAUAUGGUUCCCAGCCUUCGGUUAUGGUCCCCGCUGGGACAGUGUACGGCCCCCCUGGCAUGGGUCAUCAUCCACAGAUGCACCAGUUCCAUCACGGUGGCCGAGGUGGCCGACGGGGUCAUGUCGCACCAGACCACCGCGUUGCCAUCCGUAGCCCGCUUUUGGAUGAGUUCCGAGCGAACAAGAGUCGCAAGUGGGAGCUCAAGGACAUU